CAGAACACAGCCAGCCUGGAGCAGUUUGAGCGCAUCCGAACUUUGGGGACGGGGUCUUUUGGGAGGGUGAUGCUGGUGAGGCACCGCGACACGGGGCAGCACUACGCCAUGAAGAUCCUCGAUAAGCAGAAGGUGGUGAAGCUGAAGCAGAUCGAGCACACGCUGAACGAGAAGCGCAUCCUGCAGGCCGUCACCUUCCCCUUCCUCGUCCGCCUCGAGUAUUCCUUCAAGGUGGGACCCCCUGGACCCCCCCCCCUCCCCUCCCUUGAGGUCUAUGCUGCCCCCCAGGUGUCCCCUGAGCCCCCCCUCGGG